UCAAGCUUACUGCGUCAGGGCAUUUGUUUGUGUGCUGUGAAAGAAGACAUUUAUUUCACCACCUGUCAACAUUUCAAAUAUUCAGACAAAUACUGGUGAAAAACACAAUGUUGGUGACUAUCCUGCUGCAAUUGCUGGUGAUCCUGAAUUUAGACGGCAUGAACCACAACACCCAGGGAAUUUCAGCUGAUAUUGGUGAAAAUCUCAAAUCACUCAUUCUGAGCUACGAAACAGAGUAUUGUGAAUCAAGAUGUUUGCCGACCCUUGAAACCGAUAUCAUGGCCCCGUUUCCAGCAAACGAUAGCAUCUGCACAAAUUGUUCCUGUGACGCUGAGUGUAGGGACUUCGGCGACUGUUGCCCCGAUCUGUACAUUGGCAAAGGCAAGCACGACCUAGAAUGUGUAGAGUUUUCUCAAGGCAAUUCUCAGGCUAUACAGAUCUAUGUGGUGACACAGUGUUCGCUUGGUGAUAAACAUUAUUCGGAAGAACUUUCCAGCAAAUGCAACACUUCCACCCGGCUGCCAGUUUCCCUUCGAAGAGAAAAUGUGACGUCCUUAACAUUUAGAAAUAAAUAUUGUGCACAGUGCCAUGGUUAUGAAGAUUUUCAAACAUGGGACAUAGGUGUUGCAUGUGAACAGUUUCCAGAGGAAAUCAGCCACAUUUCUGAUCCAGUGGCUAUAUUUGACUUGUUAGAAAAAUCACCUUUGUGUAUCUUUGAAUACCGUGUGCCACAAAACAUUUCGACCCGAAAAUGUCAUGAAAUGUCACCAAUUUCUGAGUGCAAUGUGACAGGUAUUUGGGAGACGUACAAUGCUUCUAUCGAGGCCGCCUGUCAUGCCUACAGCCACGUCACUAAUUGGGGUUAUCAGAAUAUAUUCUGCCACAUUUGCAAUGAAGGUGUCAUAUCUACCUCGUGCUGUGGUCAACCCCAGACUCGUCCGGUGAGGUUCAUGGCACUGACGGGGUUGUUACAGUUUGAAGAGGAACAUAUGGACUUGCCACACAGCGAGAAGACAUGUCUGGGGAAAGAAUACCACGACAGACUCACGGACCGAUGCCAUGAAAUACUUUGCCCUCCGUUUCAACAACUGAAGAAUAGAGAAUGUAAAGACAUUUUCGCUCCUUUUUUUAGGAUGUCGAAGCAUUUUAUUGAUAUUUUUUUGGUCCCUAUAGUAACAAAAACCUCUAAAACAGUCAAUUUGACCCAUUUGACCUGUGUUCUGACCGAUUAUUACAUCUCACAAAUUCCCGGGAAUGACACAGCAAUUGAGAAGGUGGUUGUCAUCGUUAAUUUCAACAACUCAUCACAUGCUGACCUGUCCUGGAACAACCAUACUGAUGGCGAUGAUUAUAGUGAAAUUAAUGCUUUCGGUAAUUUUAACAUAGAUAUUAGGAUAUAUUUUGCUGUAAAUUUUACUAUUGGAGAUUCCUUUGCAGUGUUUGCUGAACGUUUAUCAAACCUUCUUUUCAGAGAUGUAUUUCUUUCCGACGAAGCAAUGCACAUCACUCUGCGUGCUCUCUAUAAAGAUAUGUUGCCAACUAUACAUUACAGUACAAAUCAUACCUCAGUAUAUGACCCAGAUGUUAUUGGUGAAGAUGCAUUUGAAGCCUUUCCAAGUACGUAUACCAAGCGUAAUUGUCCUCAGAUUUUGUAUUCUCAAUCUGAUUACACACUGAUGGCCAAUGCAAGUGCAUUGCUGGGGAAUAACCGUUCACUUAUUCCAGAAGACAGCUUUACGCUCACUGAAGAUUUAGGUAUUUUGGUCUGCCUAUAUACGCUUGAGAAUUUUACACUCGACAGUUUCACUCUCGUCCUAAACAAUGACAGCAGACCUGAUAAAAAGUCUGGCCUAGAGCAAAGCUAUGAUAUUCUUACCAUUCUUACAACUGUUUGUUUGUCCUUUAGUAUGUUCUUUCUUGCGUUGUCAUUUUUGGUGUAUGCAACCCUGACUACGUUACAUACACUACCGGGGUGCAUCUUGAUGUGUUUGAUGGGUUCGCUUUUCGUCGCACAAGGACUAUUUCUAUUUGGAGCAGGUGCUCAUGAUAAUCUCCUGGUAUGCCAAAUAAUCGGCGUACUGACACACUAUUUCUGGAUGGUCACUUUUGCAUGGAUGGGGGUGAACACCUUUCACGUUUUCCGAGUAUUUCGAAACAUUUUGUCUUCGGUUAACCUGUCAGGCAAUAAACGGAAGAUCUUUUGUAAAUAUGUAGCAUUUGUCUACAUGGUCCCAGGUGUGAUUGUUGGCUUAACCAUUCUUACGAAUUUAUACCUACCUGGUAAGUCAAUUGGGUACAGUGACAGCGGAGCCGCCUGUUUCCUCAAUCCUGGCGUUAUCACUCUGAUAUCGUUCGGCAUUCCCAUCUUUGUCACUGUUGUGGGUACAUUCGCGUUCUUCAUAUCCACAGUCACUUCUCUUAGACGGUUGUCAAAAGAGCGUGUGCAGGCGGGACAAAAAGAACAAGGAACUAUCAUUCAUAUGUUAAAAAUAGCCUCUGUAAGUUCUAUGUCGUGGGUGUUUGGCCUUUUGGGAUCCUUAUUUCCGAUCGAAGCAUUCAACUAUGCUUUUGUGAUCCUAGCCGGUGGGCAAGGUCUGUUAAUUUUCUUAAGCUUUGUUUGCAACAGUCGUGUGUUAAAGUUGUGUAUGAAAGGUAAAACUAGACCAUCACCUUGCAGAAGUAAACAUGUAAACUCAAAAGUAACAUUGAGUUCAAAUGUUUCUUCAGACUUGAGCUCCCGUGAGUAAUCUACAUGGAUCCUUGGAUUUCUUCAGUGCCAAAAUGUAAAGACUUUGGGGGUAUUCAGAUCCGUUUCUCUGCCACAUGACAUGAGCAAAGAAAUACUCCAUUUGUCCGAGAAUUGGUCCCCAGUUACCUAUGACUGUGGUAUGAGACUUAAUUAAUCCUAUGGUCAAAUUAGCUCGGUAUAUUAGCUGAUUGUGUGUCAUCGUACCGACAGCGCGAUGCGUUGCUAAUAGUAUCAAUCACUACAUUAUCGGGUCCAGACAUAUGUUAUUUACAGACCGCCGUGGUAUAGCUGGAUAUUACCGAGUCCGGCACAGAGACAAACAAAGCAUGGAUUAUAUUUGGUAACCGAAUAUCAUCUAAGAUACCCAUCAAUUUACUUAGUAUUCGAGGCGGUCGGGUAGCAUAGUGGUUAAAGCGUUCUCUCGUCUCGCCAAAGACCCGGUUUCUUUUCCCGACAUGGGUACAAUGUGUGGAGCCCAUUUCUGGUAUCCCCCGCCAUGAUAUUGCUGGAAUAUUGCUGAAAGCUGCGUAAAAGCAUACUCACUCACUCACUCACUCACUCACUCACUCACUCACUCACUGAGUAUUCAUUUCAGUUGUUGCACAUUUUGUAUUAUAAUGAUUAUUGUAGCAACAACGAUCACAGCUUUAUAUAUAUGAUUUAUAUAUAAUACAACACCAAGUAGAUAAUAUACAAAUAAAAUCUUGACCAUAACUGAAUGUUUGAAAGGGGUCAAAACAAGUGUCUGGUCACAAGUUUAACCAAAAAGUUAAACAAAAUUGAAUUUCAAUUACAAACUGCGUGAACUUAAGGUAAAUCAGACAUGCAGUUUUCACACUUCCUUUAGAACUAUGUCUUAUUAUUUAUGUAUUUAUGAAUGUAUGUAUUAUUGAAUGCAGUCCAUGACUUUCUGAAUUUCUGUACAUGCGAUAAAACAGAAUUAAUUAUUUUUUAUGAAGUCUUCUUGUGUUGAAUUGUUUAAUAGCAAGCACCAGUUAUGUAAAACUGUGGUUCAAUGUAGCUGUUUCAUAUUUUCAAACUAUUUUAUAAUCGUGCAUGAUGUUUAUUAACUAUGUCUAAUUAUGCUACUUUAUCAUUCUUGUAUCUUUUAUAAGAUGCUGUAGUUAAUAUUAUUAUUAUUCUUAUUCUUUUUUGUAUAGUUGUCUGUUAUUGAAUGCAUUGUGAAAAUAUUUGUGAACACUAUAUCAUUAUUUUCUGUAUAUCAUUUAACACGUUGACAAAUUAGGAGAUGACCCUACAGUUUUGAAUGCCGAGGUCGUUUCAUUAUAUAUAUAUUCUGCUGAAACAAGUCAAAACAAGUCCAAAACCGCUCUCUACUGUGUUUCAAAGCCAAUAUAUUUCUUAAACGUUUUUCUUCGCUUUAUAAGCAUUUUUGACUUAAUUGUUUACAGGUCGCUGUCGCAUGGCAGGAUCACUGCUGCGCGGCACCAGGCAAUAAAUAAAUACUUACUUUUGUAUGAAUGGCGGGUGCUACCGGCAGGACGUACUAACCCUUUUCGCGAACACCUUGUGCCAUCACUGAUUUUCAGUGGUUCAGCCAUAUAAUUUUCACAGCCAGUUUGCCAUUUACGCCAAAUGGAAUCUGUUUCGGUGGAUAAUCUAAACUGUUUGUUCGCUUGCAUUGACAAUGUAUACUACUCAAACGAAGUUAAGGAUCAACUGAUUCUUUCAUAUUACAAUACUUAAUCUCUCAUGCCAUGACAGAUUAACUUUACCAAUAUGAAAGAAUCGGGUUAUCCUUAACUUCUUUUGAGUAGUAUAAUUAUGUUUCAUUCUGUCAAAGUGCCAAUUAACCUUGCUUGCCUUCUAUAAAAUAAUAUCUACAGUUUCUGCUGAAUAAUUGUCUUUCUGUAAAAGUUCAAUUUAAACAA